AUGGCAUCUGAGAACAAAAUCAGCCAGGGGAUUAAAAACCUUAAAAUAAGCAGAAAACAACUGCUGGAAGAGCUAAAUGAAAGGCGUGAGUCUAACUGUCAGGUGGAAAGAAGCAAUAAAGUCAGCCUGCUGCGCGUUCAAAAGAGGCAUUUCUGCGAUGCCUACCAGUGUCAAACCCAAACCCAAAAGGAAGAAUUCGUUCCUGAGAGUGGGAGGAGCUCCUGGAUCAACAAGACGCUACCUUUUCACAAGGAGAGAAGGCACUUUCCACCAAAAAAUAAUGCCAUAUUUGGAGAAAGAGCAUCUUCAGAGAUAUAUGAAUAA